AUUUGGAGUCUCACUCUGUCACCGAGGCUGGAGUGCAGUAGUGCGAUCUUGGCUCACUGCAACCUCUGUCUCCCAGGUUCAAGUGAUUCUCCUGCAACAGCCUCCCGAGUAGCUGGGACUAUAGGCACUUUAAGUGCUUUUAAUGUAUUCAUAAAGUUGUACAGCUAUCACCACUCUCUAAUUCUAGAACAUUUUUAUCAUUUCAAAAAGAAACUCCAUACCUACUAGCAGUUACUCCCCAUUUCCCCCUUUCCCCAACCCCUGGCAGCCACUAGUCUAUUCUCUGUCUCUAUGGACUAACAUAUGCCAAAUGUCAGAAAAAACAGAAUCAUAUGUGACCUUUUGUGUUUGGCUUCAUUUAUUUAGCAUGUUGUCCUGAUUUAUCCAUGUUGUAUCUUGUCUCAGCACCUCAUUACUUUUUAUGCCUGAAUCCCAUUGCAUGAGUGUACUAUGUUUUGUUUAUCCAUUCAUUAGUUGAUGGAUAUUUGAGUUGUGUUCAUUUUUUGACUAUGAUUAGUGAUGUAUUGUGAUGAGAUUCAUGUACUCGUUUUUGUGUGGUCGUAUUUUUACAAUUUUCUUUAUAUAUCUAGGAGUGGGCAUAUGGUAAAUCUAUGUUUAAAUUUUUGAAAAACUUCAAAACUGUUUUCCAAAGUCUCUGUACCAUUUUAUAUUCUUACCAGCAGUAUAUGGAGGCUCCAUUUUUUCCUACCUCCUUGCCAACAUCUGUUAUUUUCCUUUUUUAAAAAAAUAUAGCCAUCCUUGGAGAUGUGAAGUGGUAUCUAGUUGUAGUUUUCAUUUGCAUAUCCUUAAUGACUAAUGAUGUUGAGCAUCUUUUCAUGUGCUGAUUGGCCAUUUGUAUAUCUUUUUAGAGAAAUGUUCAUUUAGAUUGUUUGCUCAUUAUUUAAUUGGGUUGUCUUUUUGUUAUUCUAAGAAUUCUUUAUAUGUUCUGGACAUUAGUUCCUCAUCAGAUGUAUGACUUAAUAGAUAUUUUCUCUCAUUCUGUGGGUUCUUUUCACUUUCCUGGUAGUAUCCUUUGAUGUAUAAAAGUUUUGAAUUUUGUUGAAGUCCAGUUUGUUUUUUCCUUUUGUCACUCUUACAUUUGGUGUUGUAUCUAAGACCCAUUGCCUAAUUCACGGUCAGAGAUUUAUACCUGUGUUUUCUUCUACACAUUUUAUAGUUUUACCUCUUAUAUUUGGGUCUUUGAUCCUGUUAGUAUUUUUUUUGGUGAACAGAAUUUGUUUAGGUUUUAUAUGAAAACCCCCUGGGGUUAUUAAGGUAGUUUUACUAUAUUAUUUUUUAGAAGUUUUAUAGUUUUGCUUCUCAUCUUAUUCUUAAUCCACUGGACACUACAUGUUGUAUAGUCAGUGUUCAUUUAUGUUUACCCACGUAUUUGUCUUCUUAUGUGCUCACCAUUUCUUCUUGCAACUCAAGUCUUCCAUCGAGGGGAACACCCUUCUACUGAAGAACAUCUCUUAGAAUUUCCUUUAGUGAAGGUCUCUUAGUUGGCAAAUUCAGUAUUUGUUUGGUUUUUAUGACUUAAAUAUUGUCUUAUAUUUGGCCUGUUUAUUAAAAGAUAUAUUUAUUAAUUUGGUAUGUGAUUAUUUUUUCUUAGUACAUUGUCUUCUUCUAUUUUUAAGACAUUAGCUCUUGGUCUAAAUCUGUAUUCUUUCAUGGAUAAUGUGAAUUUUCUCUCAGGUUGUUUUCAAUAUAUUCUUUUCUUCGGGGUUCCGUUAUUUUUAUGAUGAUACAUUUAGGUGUUUUUUUUUUUUUUCCUUUUAAAUCUGUCCAACCUGAUAUUCCUGAAUAUGAAGGGUGGAGUUUUUCAUCACUUUGGGAAAAUUCCAAGCCAUUAUCUUUUUUACAAAACCUUUCUAACAGUUUCUUGUUCUACUUAUGAAAUUCCUGUUAGUUGUAACAUCUUAUCACUCUUGUCUUCCGUGUCUCUUGUUUCUCUUUCUUAUUUUUAACUUCUUUGGGCUUCAUUCUGAGCAAUUUCUUCAGCCUGUCUUCCAGUUUACAUUUUCCUUUUCAAUUAUAUGUAAUCUGCUGUCAAAUCUGUCUUCAAUUUCAACAAUUAUGUUUUUAUUUCUGGAAUUUCUGUUUGGCUCCUUCUCAAAUCUGCCUGGUCAUUUAAAAAAAUUUUUUUUUUGCUUUCAUUGAGUUGUAUUAAAUUUUUAUUAUAUGCCCAACAAUUCUAAUUAAGUCUUUACUGGUUUGAUUUCGCUGAGUCUCUUUUCUUUUCUUUCUUUUGUCUUUAUUUUCUUUACUUGUACAAUGGUAAUAAUUUAGUAAUAACACCAACUAAAUCACAUGAUUGUUUUAUGAAUUGAGAUAAUGAAUAUAUUGCAUAAUAUCUGGUACAUAGUAAAUGUACAUGCAAUCCACUAUAAUAAUUAGAAAUAAUGAUAUAUAAUGUAUGAUUAUUAUGAAAUGUACCAGAGCCACACAUUUUAUUGAGAGAUAUAAAAGACAACUAGAGAAAACAAAGAAAUAUGCCAUAGCUGGAUGGAAACAGUAAUAAUAAUGUUGUGUGUUCAUCUUGCACUAAAUCAUGUCUCAUACAAUUUCAAUAAAAUUUCAAUUAAAUUUAUUUUUAAAACAUGGCAAAUACAUUGUAAAGUUAAUGUAAAAGAACAAACAGGGCCAGGCUCGGUGGCUCAACCUGUAAUCCCAGCACUUUGGGAGGCCGAGGCAGGCCGGAUCACCUGAGGUCAGGAGUUCCAGACCAGCCUGGCCAACAUGGCAAAACCCCACCUCUACUAAAAAUACAAAAAAUUAGCUGAGCAUGGUGGCGGGUGCCUGUAAUCCCAGCUACUCUACUUGGGAGGCUGAGGCAGGAGAAUCACCUGAACCCGGGAGGCAGAGGUUGCAGUGAGCUGAGAUUGUGCCACUGCACUCCAGCCUGGGCAAAAAGAGUGAGACUCCAUCUCAAAAACAAAAACAAAAACAGCAACAGCUUGAAGAAGAGGCAGCUAAACCUCCUGAGCCUGAGAAGCCUGUGUCCCCUCCUCCUGUGGAGCAGAAACACCGCAGUAUUGUCCAAAUUAUUUAUGAUGAGAAUCGGAAAAAAGCAGAAGAAGCUCAUAAAAUUUUUGAAGGUCUUGGCCCAAAAGUUGAACUGCCACUGUAUAACCAGCCAUCAGAUACCAAGGUGUACCAUGAGAACAUCAAGACUGGAGUACCUGCAAGGCGCAUGAUGAAAAACCAGGUGAUGAGGAAAAAACUCAUUUUAUUUUUUAAAAGAAGAAAUCAUGCAAGAAAACAAAGGGAACAAAAAAUCUGCCAGCGUUAUGAUCAGCUCAUGGAGGCAUGGGAGAAAAAAGUGGACAGAAUAGAAAAUAAUCCUCGGAGGAAAGCUAAAGAAAGCAAAACAAGGGAAUACUAUGAAAAGCAGUUUCCAGAAAUUCGAAAACAAAGAGAACAGCAAGAAAGAUUUCAGCGAGUUGGGCAGAGGGGAGCUGGUCUUUCAGCCACCAUUGCUAGGAGUGAGCAUGAGAUUUCUGAAAUUAUUGAUGGGCUCUCUGAGCAGGAGAAUAAUGAGAAACAAAUGCGGCAGCUCUCUGUGAUUCCACCUAUGAUGUUUGAUGCAGAACAAAGACGAGUCAAGUUCAUUAACAUGAAUGGGCUUAUGGAGGACCCUAUGAAAGUUUAUAAAGAUAGGCAGUUUAUGAAUGUUUGGACUGACCAUGAAAAGGAGAUCUUUAAGGACAAGUUUAUCCAGCAUCCAAAAAACUUUGGACUAAUUGCAUCAUACUUGGAGAGGAAGAGUGUUCCUGAUUGUGUUUUGUAUUACUAUUUAACCAAGAAAAAUGAGAAUUAUAAAGCCCUAGUCAGAAGGAAUUAUGGGAAACGCAGAGGCAGAAACCAGCAGCAAAUUGCUCGACCCUCGCAAGAAGAAAAAGUAGAAGAAAAAGAAGAGGAUAAAGCAGAAAAAACAGAAAAAAAAGAAGAAGAAAAGAAAGAUGAAGAGGAAAAAGAUGAAAAAGAAGACUCCAAAGAAAAUACCAAGGAAAAGGACAAGAUAGAUGGUACAGCAGAAGAAACUGAGGAAAGAGAGCAAGCCACACCCCGGGGGCGAAAGACUGCCAACAGUCAGGGCCGCCGUAAGGGCCGGAUCACCAGGUCCAUGACAAACGAAGCUGCAGCUGCCAGUGCUGCAGCCGCAGCGGCCACUGAAGAGCCCCCACCACCUCUGCCACCGCCACCAGAACCCAUUUCUACAGAGCCUGUGGAGACCUCUCGAUGGACAGAAGAAGAAAUGGAAGUUGCUAAAAAAGGUCUAGUAGAACAUGGUCGUAACUGGGCAGCAAUUGCUAAAAUGGUGGGAACGAAAAGUGAAGCUCAAUGUAAAAACUUCUAUUUUAACUAUAAAAGGCGACACAAUCUUGACAACCUCUUGCAGCAGCAUAAACAGAAAACUUCACGAAAACCUCGUGAAGAGCGAGAUGUGUCUCAAUGUGAAAGUGUCGCUUCCACUGUUUCUGCUCAGGAGGAUGAAGAUAUUGAAGCCUCCAAUGAAGAAGAAAAUCCAGAAGACAGCGAAGGUGCAGAAAAUAGUUCUGAUACAGAAAGUGCUCCUUCUCCUUCACCAGUUGAAGCUGUCAAGCCCAGCGAGGACAGUCCUGAAAAUGCUACUUCUCGAGGAAACACAGAACCUGCGGUUGAGCUUGAGCCCACCACGGAAACUGCACCCAGUACAUCUCCCUCCUUAGCAGUUCCAAGUACAAAACCAGCUGAAGAUGAAAGUGUGGAGACCCAGGUGAAUGACAGCAUCAGUGCUGAGACAGCAGAGCAGAUGGACGUAGAUCAGCAGGAGCACAGUGCUGAAGAGGGUUCUGUUUGUGAUCCCCCACCCGCUACCAAAGCUGACUCUGUGGACGUUGAAGUGAAGGUGCCAGAAAACCAUGCAUCUAAAGUUGAAGGUGAUAAUACCAAAGAAAGAGACUUGGAUAGAGCCAGUGAGAAGGUGGAACCUAGAGAUGAAGAUUUGGUGGUAGCUCAGCAAAUAAAUGCCCAAAGGCCCGAGCCCCAGUCAGACAAUGAUUCCAGUGCCACGUGCAGCGCUGAUGAGGAUGUGGAUGGAGAGCCAGAGAGGCAGAGAAUGUUUCCUAUGGACUCAAAGCCUUCACUGUUAAACCCCACUGGAUCUAUACUUGUCUCAUCUCCAUUAAAACCAAAUCCACUGGAUCUGCCACAGCUUCAGCAUCGAGCUGCUGUUAUCCCACCAAUGGUAUCCUGCACCCCAUGUAACAUACCAAUUGGAACCCCAGUGAGCGGCUAUGCUCUCUACCAGCGACACAUUAAAGCAAUGCAUGAGUCAGCACUCCUGGAGGAGCAGCGGCAGAGACAAGAACAGAUAGAUUUGGAAUGUAGAAGUUCUACAAGUCCAUGUGGCACAUCCAAGAGUCCAAACAGAGAGUGGGAAGGAAAAUCAGUCGCCUAUAUGCCUUAUGCUGAGGUCAAACGUGCUCUAGAACAGGAAGCACAGAUGCACAAUACUGCAGCAAGGUCAGCCUCACCGUGUAGGCUUUCUCCAAGAGAAGUCAGUAAAGCCGCUCCACAGCCUGAUAUGAGUGCAGCCCGCUAUAGUGUCCCGCCAGUCCUUCAGCCUGCUCCACAUCAAGUGAUAACUAAUCUCCCUGAAGGCGUUCGGCUUCCGACAACUCGACCAACCAGGCCACCACCCCCUCUCAUCCCGUCAUCCAAAACCACAGUGGCUUCAGAAAAACCAUCUUUUAUAAUGGGAGGCUCCAUCUCACAGGGAACACCAGGCACUUAUUUGACUUCUCAUAAUCAGGCUUCCUACACUCAAGAAACACCCAAGCCGUCAGUGGGAUCUAUCUCUCUUGGACUGCCACGGCAACAGGAAUCUGCCAAAUCAGCUACUUUGCCCUACAUCAAGCAGGAAGAAUUUUCUCCCCGAAGCCAAAACUCACAACCUGAGGGUCUGUUGGUCAGGGCCCAACAUGAAGGUGUAGUCAGAGGUACUGCAGGAGCCAUACAAGAAGGAAGUAUAACUCGGGGAACUCCAACCAGCAAAAUUUCAGUGGAGAGCAUUCCAUCCCUACGGGGCUCUAUCACUCAGGGCACCCCGGCUCUGCCCCAGACUGGCAUACCAACAGAGGCUUUGGUGAAGGGGUCCAUUUCUAGAAUGCCCAUUGAAGACAGCAGUCCUGAGAAAGGCAGAGAGGAAGCUGCAUCCAAAGGCCAUGUUAUUUAUGAAGGCAAAAGUGGACAUAUCUUGUCAUAUGAUAAUAUUAAGAAUGCCCGAGAAGGGACUAGGAGUCCAAGAACAGCUCAUGAAAUCAGUUUAAAGAGAAGCUAUGAAUCAGUGGAAGGAAAUAUAAAGCAAGGGAUGUCAAUGAGGGAGUCUCCUGUAUCAGCACCGUUAGAGGGGCUGAUAUGCCGAGCAUUACCCAGGGGGAGUCCUCAUUCUGACCUCAAAGAAAGGACUGUAUUGUCUGGCUCCAUAAUGCAGGGGACACCAAGAGCAACAACUGAAAGCUUUGAAGAUGGCCUUAAAUAUCCCAAACAAAUUAAAAGGGAAAGUCCUCCCAUACGAGCAUUUGAAGGUGCCAUUACCAAAGGAAAACCAUAUGAUGGCAUCACCACCAUCAAAGAAAUGGGGCGUUCCAUUCAUGAGAUUCCAAGGCAAGAUAUUUUAACUCAGGAAAGUCGGAAAACUCCAGAAGUGGUCCAGAGCACACGGCCGAUAAUUGAGGGUUCCAUUUCCCAGGGCACACCAAUAAAGUUUGACAACAACUCAGGUCAAUCUGCCAUCAAACACAAUGUCAAAUCCUUAAUCACGGGGCCUAGCAAACUAUCCCGUGGAAUGCCUCCGCUGGAAAUUGUGCCAGAGAACAUAAAAGUGGUAGAACGGGGAAAAUAUGAGGAUGUGAAAGCAGGCGAGACCGUGCGUUCCCGGCACACGUCAGUGGUAAGCUCUGGCCCCUCCGUUCUUAGGUCCACACUGCAUGAAGCUCCCAAAGCACAACUGAGCCCUGGGAUUUAUGAUGACACCAAUGCACGGAGGACCCCUGUGAGUUAUCAAAACACCAUGUCCAGAGGCUCACCCAUGAUGAACAGAACUUCUGAUGUUACAAUUUCUUCUAACAAGUCUACCAAUCAUGAAAGGAAAUCGACACUGACCCCUACCCAGAGGGAAAGUAUCCCAGCGAAGUCUCCAGUGCCUGGGGUGGACCCUGUCGUGAGCCACAGUCCGUUUGAUCCCCAUCACAGAGGCAGCACUGCAGGCGAGGUUUAUCGGAGCCACCUGCCCACGCACUUGGAUCCAGCCAUGCCUUUUCACAGGGCUUUGGAUCCUGCAGCGGCUGCUUACCUGUUUCAGAGACAGCUUUCACCAACUCCAGGUUACCCAAGUCAGUAUCAGCUUUACGCAAUGGAGAACACAAGACAGACAAUCUUAAAUGAUUACAUUACCUCACAACAGAUGCAAGUGAACUUGCGUCCAGAUGUGGCCAGAGGACUCUCCCCAAGAGAGCAGCCACUGGGUCUCCCAUACCCAGCAACGAGAGGAAUCAUUGACCUGACCAAUAUGCCUCCAACAAUUUUAGUGCCUCAUCCAGGGGGAACAAGCACUCCUCCCAUGGACAGAAUCACUUAUAUUCCUGGUACACAGAUUACUUUCCCUCCCAGGCCGUACAACUCUGCUUCCAUGUCUCCAGGUUUAUGUUUUACAGGACACCCAACACACCUUGCAGCUGCUGCAAGUGCUGAGAGGGAACGGGAACGGGAGCGGGAGCGGGAGAAGGAGCGGGAGCGGGAACGGAUUGCUGCAGCUUCCUCCGACCUCUACCUGCGGCCAGGCUCAGAACAGCCUGGCCGACCUGGCAGUCAUGGAUAUGUUCGCUCCCCUUCCCCUUCAGUAAGAACUCAGGAGACCAUGUUGCAACAGAGACCCAGUGUUUUCCAAGGAACCAAUGGAACCAGUGUAAUCACACCUUUGGAUCCAACUGCUCAGCUACGAAUCAUGCCACUGCCUGCUGGGGGCCCUUCAAUAAGCCAAGGCCUGCCAGCCUCCCGUUACAACACUGCUGCGGAUGCCCUGGCUGCUCUUGUGGAUGCUGCAGCUUCUGCACCCCAGAUGGAUGUGUCCAAAACAAAAGAGAGUAAGCAUGAAGCUGCCAGGUUAGAAGAAAAUUUGAGAAGCAGGUCAGCAGCAGUUAGUGAACAGCAGCAGCUAGAGCAGAAAACCCUGGAGGUGGAGAAGAGAUCUGUUCAGUGUUUAUACACUUCUUCAGCCUUUCCAAGUGGCAAGCCCCAGCCUCAUUCUUCAGUAGUUUAUUCUGAGGCUGGGAAAGAUAAAGGGCCUCCUCCAAAAUCCAGAUAUGAGGAAGAGCUAAGGACCCGAGGGAAGACUACCAUUACUGCAGCUAACUUCAUAGACGUGAUCAUCACCCGGCAAAUUGCCUCGGACAAGGAUGCGAGGGAACGUGGCUCUCAAAGUUCAGACUCUUCUAGUAGCUUAUCUUCUCACAGGUAUGAAACACCUAGCGAUGCUAUUGAGGUGAUAAGUCCUGCCAGCUCACCUGCGCCACCCCAGGAGAAACUGCAGACCUAUCAGCCAGAGGUUGUUAAGGCAAAUCAAGCGGAAAAUGAUCCUACCAGACAAUAUGAAGGACCAUUACAUCACUAUCGACCACAGCAGGAAUCACCAUCUCCCCAACAACAGCUGCCCCCUUCUUCACAGGCAGAGGGAAUGGGGCAAGUGCCCAGGACCCAUCGGCUGAUCACACUUGCUGAUCACAUCUGUCAAAUUAUCACACAAGAUUUUGCUAGAAAUCAAGUUCCCUCGCAGACUCCCCAGCAGCCUCCUACUUCUACAUUCCAGAACUCACCUUCUGCUUUGGUAUCUACACCUGUGAGGACUAAAACAUCAAACCGUUACAGCCCAGAAUCCCAGGCUCAGUCUGUCCAUCAUCAAAGACCAGGUUCAAGGGUCUCUCCAGAAAAUCUUGUGGACAAAUCCAGGGGAAGUAGGCCUGGAAAAUCCCCAGAGAGGAGUCACGUCUCUUCGGAGCCCUACGAGCCCAUCUCCCCACCCCAGGUUCCGGUUGUGCAUGAGAAACAGGACAGCUUGCUGCUCUUGUCUCAGAGGGGCGCAGAGCCUGCAGAGCAGAGGAAUGAUGCCCGCUCACCAGGGAGUAUAAGCUACUUGCCUUCAUUCUUCACCAAGCUUGAAAAUACAUCACCCAUGGUUAAAUCAAAGAAGCAGGAGAUUUUUCGUAAGUUGAACUCCUCUGGUGGAGGUGACUCUGAUAUGGCAGCUGCUCAGCCAGGAACUGAGAUCUUUAAUCUGCCAGCAGUUACUACGUCAGGCUCAGUUAGCUCUAGAGGCCAUUCUUUUGCUGAUCCUGCCAGUAAUCUUGGGCUGGAAGACAUUAUCAGGAAGGCUCUCAUGGGAAGCUUUGAUGACAAAGUUGAGGAUCAUGGAGUUGUCAUGUCCCAGCCUAUGGGAGUAGUGCCUGGUACUGCCAACACCUCAGUUGUGACCAGUGGUGAGACACGAAGAGAGGAAGGGGACCCAUCACCUCAUUCAGGAGGAGUUUGCAAACCAAAGCUGAUCAGCAAGUCAAACAGCAGGAAAUCUAAGUCUCCUAUACCUGGGCAAGGCUACUUAGGAACCGAACGGCCCUCUUCAGUCUCCUCUGUACAUUCAGAAGGGGAUUACCAUAGGCAGACGCCAGGGUGGGCCUGGGAAGACAGGCCCUCUUCAACAGGCUCAACUCAGUUUCCUUAUAACCCUCUGACUAUGCGGAUGCUCAGCAGUACUCCACCAACACCGAUUGCAUGUGCUCCCUCUGCUGUGAACCAAGCAGCUCCUCACCAACAGAACAGGAUCUGGGAGCGAGAGCCUGCCCCACUGCUCUCAGCACAGUACGAGACCCUGUCGGAUAGUGAUGACUGAACUGCACAAAGUGAGGGGAACAGGGUGCAGGAGAGGGAUCUCUAGUUUUUGUGGUUUAAUUUUUAGUAGCAGGUCAAAAACCUGCCCUCCUGUGACUUAUUCCCUGAGACUUUUCAGGAGAGCCAGCCCACAGAUGAUGAAGAAAUGAUGGAAAUUCAUUUGGAGAGUCAAAUGGGAAAAAAACAAACAAAAAACUGCCUUUGAUACAGGCAAUUCAGUGGACUAUAAUAAUAGUGGAGGGUUGAGAUGUAGAGUUUUUAAAAAGUGAACAGUUGCUGUUCUUACAUCUGUAAAGAAAACCAUAAUGUCUUUAAAUCACUCUUCUGUAAAUAGAUGACCUUUUUGCAGUGUAUAUCCCCUUGCUGUAGUAUCUGGUGUACUUAUGUUCAAAUCAGCGCAUCAACUUUGGGGGUGAUUUUUAAAAAUCUUUUUGUCUAUCUAUCUUUUUAACCUAACCCUAGCCUUCUAAACAACCUCAUACAGCCCAGUUACAUAAUGUUGGCUGUCACGGGCAUUGUACUUUUAUCUGAUAUUGUUUCCUCUAAAUUCAGCUUUCCAGUGAUGUUUAAAAUCUUGUGAAAAUGUUUAGAUUUUUAACACAGACCCUGUCAUAAAAUCUGUACAUUAGGGUCAAAAGGUAAAAGUAACAAAUUCUGCCAUAUUGUAAAUUUCCAGUGCAGGCUUUAAUUUUUUUUUUUUUCAUUAGUAGCACUGAAAAAAUAUUACUGCAUGGGUAUGUUCUAGUUCAGUUUAUAAAGUUUUAAAGGCUUAUUUGAGGCAUACCUCACUGUUACGCACACUGGUAAUUUAACCAUGCCCCUAAGUAUUCCUUUUCUCCUGCAUUUGAUGCAGCCCAACAAAGCUUUUGUUUUGAAAUAAAUUUGACUACCCUGUCCAUA